AUGGGUGUCUCAUUUAACUUGCACAAAUUUGACCCUAAGCACUCCAAGGAGAUCCAAUUCCAAGGAGACGCAACCAUUACCGAUCACCAUAUCAUUCGACUCACCAGUCUGGACGACGAUGGCAACCCACUGGGAAACAGAGUUGGCCGAGUCUUAUUCUCCGACCCUGUGCACCUCUACGACCACAGUGGCCUCCGAGCAGGAUUUGAAACCACCUUCGUCUUUCGCAUCUCAAAACCCUAUAACACUGAAUAUACACCUGGACCUGGUGAUGGUCUUGCCUUCUUCCUUGCUAGUGCUGAAACUGAAAUUCCUCCUGAAUCUUCUGGAAAGUUUCUCGGCCUCUUUAAUGAUGCAUCUGACAGAAUUGUUGCUGUUGAACAAUCUCACUCAAGAGAGAUAAAUUAA